AUGGUCAAACCAAAGCAUCAUGUUUGGAAACAUUUUCAAGAAGUACGCGAUGGUAAAUCAGUUAAAGCGGUGUGCAAGUUUUGCAAGAUGUCCUAUAUCACCCACGUUGAUAGAAUGGUCAAACAUUUAUUAAGCAGCUGUACUAUGUGCCCUGUUAUAAUUAAGGAAAAAUUUUAUUCAAAUUCCAAAAUAUCAACCUCUACAAAAAAUAUCACAAAUGUAAUUUGUAAUACUUCUAAGUCUAACUCUAAUGAAGAAUUGGGUGAAAUUAGUGAGAAUGAUUAUCAAAUGAACAAUAUUUUGUCUUGUGACUCAGGAGAAUUUGAUUCCCUUAUUUCUAAUCAAUCUACAAGCAAGGCGAUUAAAUAUAAAUCUCAAUCUUGUAUAACCGGUUUCAUAGAUAGAAUUAAUCCCAAAGAAAAAAAUGAGCUGGAUCAAUUGUUUGCAAAGGCUGUAUAUGCGAGCAAUUUACCUUUCCACAUCACUGAAAAUCCCUACAUCCAAGAAUUUUUUAAAAAAAUACGUCCUAUUUACACAUUACCCAGGAGAAGGCAGCUGGCUGGAUAUCUUCUAGACAAAGCGUCAGGUGAUAUGGAGGUGAGAGUUGCAGAUAUAAUAGAUAAAGCUCCUUACUUAUCAAUUGUAUCAGAUGGCUGGAGCAACAUUAGAAACGAGAGUAUUAUUAAUUUUAUGGUGAUGACGCCUGUUCCAGUGUUUUACAAAUUUCUAAAUACUGAGGAAAAUCGCCAUACGGCAGAUUAUAUUGCCCAGGAAUUUAAAAAUGUAAUUCAUGAAUUGAAUCCGGUAAAAGUAUAUUCUUUAGUUACUGAUAAUGCCGCUAACAUGAAAGCAGCCUGGAGAAUUCUAAAAUCUGAAUCUAUUUAUAAUCAUAUACAAUGUUAUGGUUGUGCAGCGCAUACAUUGCAGUUAUUCUUUCACGAUUUUGAACGAUUGGACGCCUUCAGUGACCAUAUUUCAAUAAUUAAAAAAAUUGUUAAAUUUUUCAAGAAUAAACACAUACCAGCUGCAGUAUUUUCCCGUAAUAAGAAUCUUCAUGGCAUACCAUCUACAUUAAGUACAAUUAGCCAAACAAGAUGGGCAUCGUCAAUAAAAUGUAUGGAGCAAAUUCAAAUAUGCAAGAAAGCUCUAAAAGCAUCAGUUGUUGAAGAAGCUGUUUGUGAUAAUUGUCCCAUAGAAAUUACCAAUAAUAUAUUAAACGAAGUAUUUUGGACGAAAAAUUUAAAUUUUUUAGCUAUACUCCAACCUUUAGCUACCUCAUUGUUGAAAGUGCAAGGGGAUAAAUGUACUUUGGCCCAAGUAAAAAACGAGAUGCUCUGGAAAAACACAUAA